CCCAACGCAACCCUCGCUCUCAACUUCUCCCCUUCCCACCCGAGCUGAGCGGCGGCGGCAACAACUGGACGUGAGCGGAGGCGGCGGCAACAAUCUGGUCGGGAGCGGAGGCGGCGGCAACAAUCUGGUCGGGAGCUGCGGCGGCAAGUUCUUCUCACGGUAGCAGCAGCACCCUCUCGCGGCGACGUCUUCCUGCAGUUGGACUCCAGCCUAGCAGUAGCAGGGCGUGGGUGAUGUCAGCCACGCAUUCAGCCACCAGGUAGUGCCCGCUUCUCCUCCGCGCCAUCUCCCUGCCCUCCCCGUGUCAUGCUGUGCCGCCGGCAAGAGAACCACCAGACCAAAGGAUAACGGGAUUCAGAAGCAGGGUAUCUCCGUCCCCCGUUGGGCUGCCGGCAAGAGCACCACCAAAGGAAACUGGGCUUCAGAAGGAGAUCCCCUGCAUAUCCAUAGAAAGAUGCUGAUAGCCUGAAUAUGGUGUGAUGAACAUGUCGGACAUACUGUUCAGCCACCAUCAGCACAAGCAGUACAAGAACUAGUUGAUUCAUUCUCAGAUCAAAAGCUUGAUGCCACAAAAACAAAAUCGAUGCAUGGUGGGAUCGAGGAACAAGCAAAGAACGACACAAUCUUUAGCCCCAAGCAAGUUGGGUUAUGCAGAUCAUACAGGGAGAUGUUGACGGACGAGGAAGAAGAUGUGGUUUCAUACCGUCGUUUCUGGGAAUACACUUGGGGUGGCAAGUGUGGUUCCUUCGAAGACUACACCUUUGUGACUCCCAUACUUUAUACAUAUGGAACCAUCCCAGCACAUGCUGGCCCCUUCAGCUUCUUGCAGAUCUUCUCCAUCAAGGUCAUGGAGAAUGAAAUGUGGAGAAUCAGGUGGCCAGUGGGGGUAUAUGGCUUCAUUGCCGCUCGAGACAAUUUGGAUCGUAAUCGCAACCUUCUGUUCAGCCAGACAAGGGAUGACCCCCAAAUUCUCACUCAACAGGAUUCAUUUUUGCAAUUGACUGGCCCGUGUCGCCCAGUUGCGUUGAUUGACCCUGUUGUCUUUGAGAUUCAACUAAAAGUGAAGGGCAGAACAGAGUGUGAAGAUGAAACAUUGAUUGCUCGAUCGUUUGAAUAUGGAUAUGGUUUUGGAGAAUAUGGUGAGCUUGCCUGUCGUCGUUGGGCCGGUAAUUUUUGCACACUAGAGAUCACCUCUGCGCUACUUUCCAGAACGGUUGCAGCCACUAUCAUCUCUGCUGAUGUUAUUAAAGGGUCAUGGCCUGUUGAUUAUAGAGGUCGUGUGGUUGCCCGUACUGCUGACAUAGAUGAGGAUUUUGUGCUGCUUGAUUCUGGAGAAGGACGUCUGCAAGUGAAUCCAGAUGGUCGUAUUGUCCUUCAAAGGGGUGUUGUUUGUGUGGAACAUGAGGGAAUGCUCACGGUUUCCGUGGAAGCCUACUCAGAGGCAGGUACUUGUCGUGCAGAUUGCGUUGAAUUCAAGCCCCAAAAAUCCCUCACAAGUAAUGGUACUUGCAACCUUGGUUUCUGCACGGUGCAGUUUAUUGUUGGUUGGUCCCUCAUGGCAAGAAAGUAUGAUCUGAUGUACGAUGGCAACUGAGUUCAACUGCAUCAGUUUGGCGUUUCCGUCCAAGCUGUAUGCUACAUAUGUCCAGCUAUAAACCUGGGAAUAGUUUUGAAACCAGAUUGAAGCCAACCCAAACCAUACGGCCAUACGGCUCGACCGCUUUCAUCUAGACCAAGCAAUGGCUACGAUUUGUCUUUCGUGCUAUCAAUGGAUCGUAGAGCGAAAUUUAUCUUAUCCUCUGUAGUUUGCCGCUCACACCGGAUAGUUUGAGCAGAUUGUGCUAUUGCCUAUGUGCAGAGAAUGUGUACAGGAACCUGCAGGGAAAAAAACUUCAACGGGAGCAGGAGCCGGAGGCGCUGCGGCGCAAGGUCGAAUAGGCCACGGAGAUCCUCUUCCUCUGCAACUAUGACAACUGCAGUAAGACCUGUGUUUGAUGUGGCUGCCUUCAGCAACCAUGCUCAUGUACAUGGCAAGCGGCAGUAUGUUCGUGGCUGUGGGAUACACUAACGUUAGCGAACUUCCAUAUUUACUGACAGACUUUCCAGUAAUUUCAGGCUCAUACAUGAAAUGUUUUUAUCCACAAGGACCUUUCUCUGUUUUAUUCACUAAUUAAUCA